UCUCUUUCUCGCCCCUGCACCCCAUCGAAAGAUUAUUUUUCAAAGGAGGCCCAAAACGCGACGCCCAUGGCAGUUGCAAACCGAACCGAGAUCUAAAUCUAUUAUAAACUCCCACAGAAAAGAGAACCGAAAAAAGAUCCGUCUUCAAUCUCGAGAUCUCCCUCGCGCUUUCCAGAUGAAGAUUUUCGACAGGUUGCCGCCAAUGGAUCACCUGCGAUCGGAGAGGAUGAGCUUCGUGCAGCUCAUCAUCCCCGUCGAGUCCGCUCACAGGGCCGUCUCCUACCUCGGCGAGCUCGGCCUCGUCCAAUUCAAAGACUUAAAUUAUGAUAGAAGCCCCUUUCAGCGAACAUUUGUCAACCAGGUGAAGCGAUGUGGAGAGAUGUCACGGAAGUUGAGAUUUUUCAAUGAUCAGAUUACCAAGGCUGGAAUGACAUGUUCUGCUCUUCCUGCUUUGCAACCAGGUAUUGACUUGGAGGACCUAGAGGUACAGUUGGGUGAACAUGAGGCUGAGCUUCUUGAAAUGAAUUCAAACAGUGAGAAACUGCGGCAAACUUACAAUGAGUUACUGGAGUUUAAGUUAGUUUUACUGAAGGCAGGUCGUUUCCUUGAUUCAGCACAAAACCAUGUUGUUUCUCCUGAUAUAGAGCUAGAAGAAAAUGUCUACCCCAAAGAACGGGAUCCGGAACAUCUAUCUCUACUUGAACAGCCAGAGCCACCCAGUAAAGCUGGAUUGAGAUUCAUUAGUGGGAUAAUCUGCAAAUCAAAAUCAAUGCAAUUUGAGAGGAUGCUGUUUCGAGCAACAAGGGGCAAUAUGUUUUUUAAUCAUGCACCUGCUGAUGGACAUGUGGUGGAUCCAGUAUCUGGCGAGAUGGUAGAAAAGACUAUAUUUGUAGUUUUCUUUUCUGGAGAACAAGCCAAGACAAAAAUUCUUAAGAUCUGUGAUGCAUUUGGGGCAAAUUGCUACCCUGUUCCUGAGGACACUAGUAAACAGAGGCAAAUUACUUAUGAGGUUUCCUCACGUCUCUCCGAAUUGGAAGCCACCUUGGAUGCUGGAAUUCGUCAUAGAAAUAAGGCUCUAUCUUCUAUUGGAUGUCAACUUUGGAGAUGGACUAUCAUGGUUAAAAAGGAGAAAGCUGUGUAUGAUACAUUGAACAUGCUCAACUUUGAUGUUACCAAAAAAUGUCUUGUUGGGGAGGGGUGGUGUCCAAUAUUUUCCAAACCUCAGAUAACGGAUGCCUUGCAGCGUGCAACAUUUGAUAGCAAUUCACAAGUGGGGAUAAUAUUCCAUGAGAUGGAUGCUCUUGAAUCACCACCCACAUACUUUAGGACAAAUAAAUUUACAAAUGCAUUUCAAGAAAUUGUGGAUGCAUACGGUGUUGCUAGGUAUCAAGAAUCAAAUCCUGCUGUAUAUUCUGUGAUCACGUUCCCUUUUCUUUUCGCCGUGAUGUUUGGGGAUUGGGGCCAUGGAAUAUGCUUGUUGUUAGGAUCCUUGAUCCUUAUAAUUCGUGAGAAAAAACUUGGAUCCCGGAAACUCGAUAGCUUUAUGGAGAUGGCAUUUGGAGGGCGCUACGUAAUUCUUUUGAUGGCAUUAUUUUCAAUCUAUUGCGGAUUGAUAUAUAAUGAGUUCUUCUCUGUUCCAUUUCACAUUUUUGGUGAUUCUGCUUAUAAGUGUCGUGAUUCUACUUGCAGUGAUGCAUACACUGCUGGUCUUGUAAAGUAUCGAGAUCCAUACAAGUUUGGUGUGGACCCUAGCUGGCGAGGAAGUCGCUCUGAGCUCCCAUUUCUUAACUCCCUUAAAAUGAAGAUGUCUAUACUAUUUGGUCUAACUCAGAUGAACUUAGGGAUCAUAUUAAGUUAUUUUGAUGCCAAGUUUUAUGGGAACUCUCUUGAUAUACGGCAUCAGUUCAUACCUCAGAUGAUCUUCCUCAAUAGCUUGUUUGGCUAUCUUGCACUCUUAAUCAUCAUUAAGUGGUGCACAGGUUCUCAAGCUGAUUUAUAUCAUGUCAUGAUAUACAUGUUCCUGAGCCCUAUGGAUGAUCUUGGUGAAAACCAGCUAUUUUGGGGUCAGAAAUUUCUGCAGAUUGUCUUAUUGCUUCUAGCUGUCGUGGCGGUUCCGUGGAUGCUAUUUCCAAAACCUUUCAUCUUAAAAAAACUUCAUACAGAGAGAUUUCAAGGUCGUUCCUAUGGCAUGCUUGGCACAUCAGAGAUGGAUCUGGAUGUUGAACCUGAUUCUGCAAGAUCUAGGCAACACCAUCAGGAUUUCAACUUCAGUGAAGUGUUUGUGCAUCAGAUGAUCCAUUCAAUUGAAUUUGUCUUGGGGGCAGUCUCGAACACUGCAUCGUAUCUUCGGCUUUGGGCUCUGAGCUUGGCCCACUCGGAGUUGUCUACUGUAUUUUAUGAGAAAAUACUCCUCCUUGCUUGGGGGUACGACAACAUCAUCAUCCGGCUAGUUGGGCUUGCAGUUUUUGCAUUUGCAACAGCAUUCAUUUUGCUCAUGAUGGAGACGCUAAGUGCUUUUCUUCAUGCUUUACGUCUGCAUUGGGUUGAAUUCAUGAACAAGUUCUAUCAUGGUGAUGGCUACAAGUUCAAACCCUUCUCCUUUGCGUCCAUAGUAGACGAAGAGGAUUAAUUGAUGACAACCAUCUACAGCUCACGUUUCUUGCUAAAGUUCAUUACAGAAACAGAAGAACAAAACAGACGACGAUAAAGAUUGAUAGGUUUUGAAUUCCUGGACCUAACGAAGCCAUGAAAUCUGGCACGGCUGUCAGUUGACUGGAGUGCACCAUUUGCACUAUAUAGGAAGUGUCAGAGCCUUUGCUUUGAUUUUCCUAGAGAGUUGGAGAAAGGAAACGAAAAGCGAUUUUUUUCUUUUUUUUCUUUCUUCUUUUUUCUUUUGGUGUAAAUUUACAGGCCUUGGAUACAUUUUGUAGAGCUCCUCAUGCCUCUUUCAAGGAUAACAAAGCUAAUUCUUUAACAUACUAUAGAAUCAUAGAAGUGAGGAUUCCCCAAAAAGCAGCUCCUUUUUGUUUCCC